GGAGAUGAACGUCGCUCUCAAAACGCGUCAUCACGCACAUACCCGACCUGUCCUUGAAGCAAUAACACGGGCAAGAUGGUUGCAUACUGGAGACAAGCAGGCCUCAGCUACAUCCGCUUCUCCGCUAUCUGCGCUAGCGCAUUGCGGGCUGCCAUGAAGCCCGAGUUCCAAGCCAUCGCUCUGAAGGCCGCAGAAGCCAACGUGAAAGUCCUAAAACCCAAAAAAGCUGCAUGAUUUGAGGCUGUGAUGUAGCUAGUUUUACCUUAAGGUGUGAGGUCCUUUCACUGUCCAGUCUGGCACACCGGAGAGAAGAUAAAAGAUGGAUGACAUCAAGAUGACCUGAUUAAAAGUUGCUGUAUUUUCCCUCAUUUGUAAUUUAAAAGUGUAUUAAAAAUUGGGAUUGGAAA